AUGUCUGAACAUCCCGCGCAUUACACUGGCGAAUUCCACGCUCGCGUCCCCCCAUCCGAGCCCAUGAUGAAAGGAGGACACCAACCCGGCAUCAAAGUCGGCAACGACCGCCUACCAGAAUCCCACCUCGAAACAUUCCCUCCUGGAACCGCUCCCCCCGAAUCAUCCUUCCGACCAAAUCCCACAUCAGAAAUCCCAGGCCAGGCCAACAACCCCGAAAUCGACUCCCUUAGCCGGACAGACCCCCUCGACUUCCCCGGCGCCACAUCAAAGGACGUAAGCCACAGCUUCGGCCGACCCUUGCAAGGCCUCGAAGGCCGGGAAGUCGCCUCACAGCUGCCGGGCAAGAAACACACCGGCACAAGAACGCAGCAUCCCCAUGGCCAAAAGGAAGCGGGCGCGGGACUGGGAGCCAUUGCGGCAAAUGUCAACAAGACGGAUCCCGUGAGAGAGCAUGGGUGGGAUUUGCCAGAGGGCGUGGAGAAGGGCGCGAGGGGCAAGGGGAGUGAGAAUUGGCCUGGGGCGGAGGAUGUAGAGCCCGUGAAGGCGGAUGAGAUUGCUUCGGAGAGGGCUUGA